UUUUCGAGACAUUCUUGAAGUAUCUGCCAUGAGGUUGUCCUGCUCCCAACAUGUGGAGCGGUUAUCGCAUGUUAGGCUCGUACCACGUCCUGGUAGCUUGCAGGGGUCGAGACCUCGGACGUCAUGGCUUACGUGUGGGGUAGAGCAACAACACAUUGCCUCGCCGAGGCUUGACAAUCGUCUAUCAUUAACAUUCUGUCAGUCCAAGCAGAGGCGCUCAUCAUAGUAUUCGGGUUGAACCAUAUUACACAAGUUGCAAAACAAGCUAUGGCGCUACCGGAGAAGCCUAUCCUGUUCUACUACAAAGGUUCAGUAUAUUCUCAGAGAGUGCUGUGCUACCUAUGGCUUCGCGGUAUUGAAUUCGAUGAAUGUAUCCAACCGCCUGUGAUGCCGCGUCCGGAUCUAUCCUCACUUGACGUCGCAUACAGGCGCAUACCUCUUAUGGCCAUAGGUAAAGACGUUUAUUGUGACUCACGUCUCAUUAUCUCAAAGCUGGAGUCUACAUACCCCAACAGCACACUGGCACCAGCAACAUCCGCCGAUGCUGGUGUUAGAAAGCUUUUCGAGAGCUGGACGGUCGACGGCGGUAUCUUCAUCAACGCUGUCAAACUUAUGCCUUACUGGACGCCAGGAAGUUUCCUAUCGAAUGAAGCGUUUGUCGACGAUAGAGCGCAACUCAGUGGCCGGCGUAUGACGGCUGAGCUGAUGAAAGCCGGAAGGCCCAAUGGAUUGCAACAUAUACGACAGGCUCUGGAUAUGCUAGAGAACACUUUCCUUGCAGAUGAUCGAAAAUGGAUUUUGGACACGAAAGAGCCUAGUCUGGCUGAUCUCGACGCUAUAUGGCCGUUCGCGUGGUUGAUUUUGGACCAAUUCAUGAAGGGCGCUUUGUCGGAAGAGCACAUCAACGAAACAAUCUAUCCAAAGACAUACGCAUGGGUGCGCCGCUUCAUGGUUGAGGUGGAGAAGGGGAAAGGUCGUUCCCCAGAACCGAAUACGCUAGAUGGUAAAAUCAUGAGCAACAGAAUAUUGGGUUCUUCCACAUCACCAGAGGUUACCACCUUCAUCGUAAACGAUCCCUUGAUGGUUCAAGCUGGUGACGAAGUCGAGGUUUUUCCAUCUGAUUAUGGUCAAAAUAACAAGGACCGUGGUACUCUUGUUGGACUGACAACACACGAGGUCGUGAUACGGAACAAAAAAGGUCUACAUCUGCAUUUUCCACGCUGGAACUACUGCAUUGAAAAGCUCGCGCCCGACGUGUCGAUCCCAGCAUCGAUCAGCAGCGUGGAAAAGGUCCCCAAAAUGCGUCUGAUCUACCACUAUGCAUCGCCAUACACACGAAAAGUCUUCAUGCUCGCUCACGAACUCGGUCUAGCAAAACAUAUCACGUUAGAAAAGGUCGUCGUUUGCCCGAUCUCGUUUCCUGGUUGGAGCGAUAACAAUGACGAUGUUGCCAAGUUCAACCCUCUGGCUAAGAUCCCCUGUCUCGUAUCUGACGACGUACCAGGUGGUAUCUUUGACUCGCGCGUGAUUUGCGAGUAUUUGAGCAGUCUAGCUCCAAUCAAACCCAAAAAAGAUGCAAAUUACUGGCAACUUCGCACUCUCCAUGCCUGUGCGGACGGCAUCUUGGACGCGUCUGUGCUCGUCACGUAUGAGGAACGCAUACGUAAAGAGCGUGGCUUAUACUUUGAUGAAUGGGUUCAGGGUCAAGCACUGAAAAUCUCACGCGCUUUAGACCGGUUCGAAAGCGCAGCAAACGAGGGUGUCCUUCCAGUUCCAGGGACCGGGCCUGCGUCGGUUGAUGAGAUUGCUGUAGCCGUAGCGUUGGUUGUGACAGAGAAGAUGGGAUAUCUCGGUGUGAAGUGGAGGGAGGGAAGGCCGAAGUUGGUGGAGUGGAUGAGCAAGUGGGAGGGUAGGGGGAGUUUCUUGGAAACUCCACCAAGCAAAGAGUGGACUAUCAAAGAAGACGCAGGCGGGAGUUCCAAAAUCUGAGUAUCAGUGUUGUUGAUGCCAACUAAGAUGUUUCUAUUUAGAUUAGAUAUUCAAAUAUACAGUAGUCAAACUAGUCAAUUGUAAGUUUGAACUCUGUAUGAUUAUGAACAAGACAUAUGUAGGCAGCGAG